AUGAGCAUCCUCAUAACCGGUGCAGGCGGGUUCCUGGGUCAAGCCCUGGCGAAAGCCCUCGCCAGCACCCCAGGCGUGAACAGUCUAGUCCUAACAGACGUGGUCGAACCACCGAAGCCCACCAACACGGCACAAUCCAAUACACAGAUAACAUCUCUAAAAGCCGACCUCACCUCCCGCGAGACAUGCAAGUCCCUCCUCUCCACAGAUUUCAGCCACAUGUACCUUCUGCACGGGAUAAUGUCCGGCGCAAGCGAGGCAAAUCUUCCGCUCGGACUUGCAGUGAAUGUUGACUCGAUGAGGAAUAUCCUCGAUAUCCUCCGCGAGAAACACGAAUCUGGAACCGGGUCACACAACCCAGUUCGCAUCGUAUAUCCCUCCAGCCUGGCUGUCUUCGGCGGGCCAGAGAUCCACAGAGCACCCGUGACAGAAUCGACAAUCACCAUCCCGCAGUCUUCAUACGGGGCGCAGAAGCAAAUGUGCGAGGUGUUGUUUAACGACUUCUCCCGCCGUGGCAUUAUCGAUGCGGUUAUCGUGCGGUUGCCGACGAUCAUUGUGCGGCCGGGGAAACCGUCCGGUGCGGCGUCGAGUUUCUGUUCGGGGAUUGUGCGCGAGCCGCUUAAUGGUGAGGAGAGUGUUCUUCCUGUGAACAGGGAUCUGAAGUUGUGGGUUUGUGCGACUAGGACAAUUAUUCGGAACCUUGUCCGUGCGAGGGAUGUCCGGUUCGAAGGUGAGACGUACUCGCGGGUUGUCAAUCUGCCUGGUGUUACGGUUACUGUGCAGGAGAUUCUCGAUGGGCUGGAGAAGGUUGGAGGGGAGGAGGUGUUGCAGCGCGUGGUUGAGAAGGCCGAUCCGGCUGUACAGGCGAUUGUGGGAUCGUGGCCGGCGGUGUUUGAUGUGAAGAAGGCGCUGGAUAUGGGCUUUUAUCCUGACAGGGAAUUAACCGAGACGAUUCGUGCGUAUAUAGAGGAUUAUGGGGGCAAUAAGUCAUAG